CACAGGCUGAUUUGGAUCAUACUCGGCUGAAAAUGACCAUCAAAAAGUUUUUUAUUGAAUAUGACGCUGUAAACAACAGGAACACUUUUACAAAUGGAGAUACCAUAAAUGGACGGAUAAUCUUGGAGGUCUCAAAAGAAACAAAAGUUCAGUGGCUUCUUUUCAUUGCUAAAGGAAAAGCAAGUGUUCGCUGGUCUGAGCAUUAUGGCCAGAACCAAACUCAUGUAUACUGGUCUGAUGAGAAAUACUAUAGUGUAAAACAUUAUAUGAUAAGGAAAUCAAGACAAGAUGGCACCGAAGUCAUUAGUGGAGGAAGACAUGUUUUUCCUUUUACCUUCAAGAUACCUGACAGGAAAAUGCCAUCCUCUUUUCACUCAUCUGUGGGCAGAAUUGUUCAUAAGUUGAAGGCAGAGCUCAAACAGUCAAUGAAGCCAAAAAAGAAAGCUAAGAUUCAUUUCAUGUUUGUGUCCAAAGCCGACAUGGACACACCAGGACUCUUGGUUCCCCAACAGGAAAGCAAGGAUAAAAGUCUUGCAUUUGGUUCUGGAAAUGUUUCGAUGGAUGUCCAUACAAAGAAAAUGGGCUAUACACUUGGUGAGGGCAUGAGUGUCCUCAUUCAAAUCAAUAAUGCCUCAAGUCGUUCAGUAAAACCCAAACUUGAACUAUAUGAGAAGAGGAGCUUCUUCGCUCAGGGUCAUCGGAAAGUUGAGACACGCACUAUCCUUAAGGAAAAGUCAGAUGUUGUUGAAGGACGAUCCGGCCAAAAAAUGGUAACGAAGAUUAUCACCAUCCCCAGAGAGCUUUCCCCGUCUAUUCUGAACUGCUCCAUCCUGAAACUGGAAUACAGACUGAAAGUGUACCUUGAUAUCAAAUGUGCUGCAGACCCAAAAGUCAAACUCCCCAUUGUCAUUCUCCCUGAAGAUCACAGCAGACAGUCGAGUGAAGUACAACCACUUCCUCCUGCUGGGUUUGGACCUGAAGCGUUUGGAAACCCAAACCCACAAACCUGGGGCACCACAUCAGGAGCAAUGAGUCCUCCACCUCCCUAUGAAGCAUCUGCCAUGUACCCUUCUUUCCCCUCAGAUUAUAAGACUACCUUGUGAUAUCAGCAUGUCAUAUUUUUCUUCUAUCAUGUCCGCAAUACUGUUGUACCUGCACUAUUUACUUUCCACUUUGUGUUUAGACACUCUGGUUAUGUACAGAAGCUUAAAAAACCCCAUUUUCCUUCUAAAUCGUAAAUCAAACCAUAACAGUUUUGAAUGACAGUGAAUGUAAUUUUAACAAAGCAGUGCAUUGUUAAAAUGGUUGUUUGUUUGUUUUUUAACUACUGAGCAAAUAUUUCAGAAACUGUGCUUCUGAAGCAAAACUUUGGUAAAAACUUCAUUGAAAUUAGUUUUUAUAAAUUGAAAUUGCCUAUGAGUGUGUAAGAGUAUGUGUGUGUGUGCAGGAUAAGGCUCUACAAAUGUUAGUUGGUUUAAAAAAUAGACAAACCAAAUAGUGAACAGUCGCAAUAAUGAUGAAUCACAUGUACACUCAAUCAUGGGCUUUUUUCUUCUCCACUGUUACUCCAAGCAAGAGGAGUAAGAGAGAUUGCUGCAAAAUUAACAACACAGUGCAAGCAAUUAUCUGCUCAUCCAGGAGCAGUGAAUGCUCCUGCUGCCCAGAAAAAAUUGCCAAUUUGAAUAACUAAAUUUAAUGCACUGAACGAUAGCUAGAACCAAUUAGAAUGAGUGUAUGAUUGGACUGUAAUGACUUUUACAAAGCACUUUGAGAUGACGUGUUCUCAGGUGCUACAAAUUGAAAUUAACUGAAUAAAAUUAGAGAGAUUAGUUAGUUAGCUGGCAAGUGCAAAUUCUUCACUGUAUCUCUUUCAAAGCACAAAUACACACAAUUACGGUGUUGUCGUUCAGCCUCGUUACACAUUUCCUUUAUUGUUCAAUUUCUUUGGAUUUAAUUAAAUGCAUAGUUUACUGUGGUUUUUACCAACACUUAGUUUUAUGUCCAUAGUGUGAAAUGCAUUAACCAAGACAAAAACUGAUGUGUUCAAUACUUUUUUCUGCUGUGUCCUGGGUAUUCAGCCUGAAAGAUCUAAACUACUGCAAUGCCCUAAACUACCAGAAGAGGAUGCUGCAACAUGAAUGUGAGAGGUUCUGAAAAGUCAAAAGUACUAUUAGACUCUGAAACUGUUAAAUAUCAUUAAGCCUCUCCAAGUCCCUGCAUUGGUUCCCUGUUUGCUCAAUGACAGAUUUCAAAACUUGCUGCUCCAUAAAAUUACUGAAGGAUUUACCACCCACCAAAUCAUUACAGUUUCUCACACAUAGCUGUAAUUGGAUUCCUUUACAGAUCUGAUUUGGACAUUCAAUUCAAAUCCACUUUAAUACACUUUAUUCAUAAUUUGGAAUGAUUUCCUGAGGUUUAUGAUGACAGAUUUCACUCUUAGUACAUUAUAUCCACGCUAUGUGGAUACAUUUGUAAAGACAAAAUGUGUUUUGUGGACCCCCAAAAAUGUUUUUAAAUGCACUAAAAUGAUCAGCAAAGUAAAUGAUGCAAAAAGCAGUAGUUCCCAUCUUCAAUUCAGUGUAAUAGCUCAUUAAUGCUAUGCGUUGAGCUAGUUAACUAUUGAAUACACUGCAUAGUUUUCUGUAGCUUCACAGAGAUACAUAAUGAUGAAAAUACAUAAUGCCCUUACAUUUGGUUUGUCAAAAGCAGAAAAAAGGGAUAAGAGUAAGGAUUUGAGAAAAUCUUAUAGGGUCCACAUUCUGAAGGCUAGAUGGCUGGGUCAGAACAUCUAUAGCUAUAACUAUGGCUCCUGUUGGGUGUCCCCGUCCACAGUGGUAGGUAUCAAAGGUGAAACACUGACUCAGUCACAGGCCACCAGGCUCAUUGGUCUGAUCCACCAGAGAGGCAUCUGUAGCUCAAAUUUGGUUCUGACAGAAAGGUGUAAGAUUUCACAGUGGAUCACUGAUUCCUGUGUAUUGAUGCUCAUGCUGGUUAAUGUUUCAAAAAUAAUUAUAAAAGAGUCUCUGUUCUUUUCAACAAGUGUGAAGUGUGUUUCAAAUAAAUUUUCAUCACUGUCCUUG